UUAAUGAUCUCCUGGAGAGUCAAGUACUUACCGGUAAAAAAUGUUUCACCACUUUGCACACGUCAACCUGUGUAGAAUUUGGCUGCAGUCAUCCAAACCGGCUUUCAGUUCACAAUUCUCAGAAACAUAUCGAGCAAGCUGGGCUGUCUACCUCAAAAACAAAACCUCUUGUUGAAGCGACUGUAUCAGAAAUCACAUCACAAAGAAUUUCUGACUAUUUCCGAACCACAGGAUUAUGUCCUUUAACUUUUUUGCCUGAACAUUUAUCAACAGUCAGGACUUUAGUUCCAGCUGACACCGCUCUCCCAACAUUGUUACCAUCAUGCCUACUGCACAGUAUUUCCCCCUCACUGCUGCUGACCCCAGCCUCUUACAGUGUCACUUCCACGCUGACACAUGAGGUAGUCGAGAGAAAAUCGCUCCCCACUCGUCUGACCCUCCGACCCCACCAGAAGGGAACCCCCCUGUGGACUGGAUCUUAUAGAGCCAGCCACACUGACUCAGACUGCCAGCACUCAGUGAGCUCAAUGGGUCACAUUAUCUGUAACCAAGGGCCUAUUGAAGGCCACCACACUGCCAAACCAACACUUCUCCCAUCUGUUUCUCAUCCACCUCUAACAGAGAAUUAUAAUGACGCCCCACGAGUGGACUCCACAUUAAAGACAAUACAGUCACCGCCACCAUCAAACAAAAUAUCGUCUACUCAGCUGUUUCCAGAUGUGUCACCAAACUCAUGCUUAACGGCCGAGCGAUUAUCAACGAUUCAGCACUCUGAAACAAUCCAACAUCUGUUCUCAGUUCUGAAUCAGGAUGUAAUGUCUCUGCUAGAUGUAACAACUCAGAGCGCGUCAUCGACCUCAAUAACGGGUCAGCUGACCCUGUCUGGGCAAACUGAAUUGGAGUCUUCUCUCUCAACGUCGUUGUUUGAGCCCUCAGCGAUGACGUUUACACCAGCUUUACCCUCCGAGACACCCAAAAUUAUAAAUCCUGUAUUUACAGUAGAGUCUCCCAAAGCCUCAUCUUCUACGAUACCACUGUUGCAGACAUUCUUUACAUUCUUGCUUCCUGAUAUUGGCGUCUCCUCUUUGCAAGAUAAUCUUGAAAGCCCACCUGUAACAGACUUACAGUCAACAUCAGGCACAGAAUUAUGUUUUAAUCUAACGCCACUCAUGCAGACGUUAAGCUCAGACUUUUCAUUGAUGUCCCCACAACCAACAUCUUGGGCUCUUCACAUGAGCCUUCUUUUAACUGAAACCCUUUCAGUCCCAUUAUCUAUGAUCAAGCCCUCUAAAGAACAACCAUCUAUCAAGUCAGCUCAUGAGCAAUUCAUGCCAUCUGUGCAACAAACACUCCAUACACUGCUGUUUGGGGAGUUUUACCACAUAUCCUUAGUCACUGGAAUGACAGCAAGCAUGGAUUUAAAUACAGCAGCAGGCCCAGUACCAGUGUCUGAGGACCAUUUUGAUCCAACUGCUCCCUCUACUGUUCAGGAGCCAUACACUACAUCCUUCAUUCAUCAACUGCAGGAUCUUGAUCCCUCGUUUCCAUCAUGUGGCCAAUCUGUGAUGCUGGAUCAUGUUUACAUAAAUGGUUGUACCCCACAAAUCAAAAGUACCUACAUUGAGAACACAGUGGAGCACUUUCUGGACAGUUAUUCACAAGAUGAGGAGCACUGGACCUUUUUUCCAUCACAGUCAAGCGGACAAUUCUUUUCGACCCAGACGUCCAGGAAUUAUCUGUCAACGCAUCCCCUUCCCUCAGAAGAUGUCUUAAGAGAACAAGCUGAGUCAAAUGAAUUCACGUCCUUACUGUUGGUGUCAAUGAUGCAUCUGUCUGCCACUACAGAAAUAAAUCACCUAACAGCUACUCUUAAAAGGGACAUUUCAGACACUCUUCCUGCUCUAGAGGGCACUGGCUUCUCACAAAUCACAUCUGCCUUCAGUGGCAAUUGUGUCAGUUCAGAAAACUCCUUGUUAAUCUGCCAACCGUCCGCUACAGACAGCAGUGGGUUAAUCACCCUGCAGACUCUGAGCACGUCUUUGAGUCGAUUUUAUGAGAUAUCAACUGCAUUAUUAACAUCACUACAGGCUGUUGGCCUUUCCUCAUAUAGAAGAGAGAGCUCAGUCCAGCCAACACCUUCCUCAGCUUCUAUCUCAAGCUCCAUGAAUCUCCCACCCGAAGUGUUGCAGUCUAUUCCAGUGUUGAUGGCCACUGUUGGCUUCCCCUUCCACUUCUCAAUCCCACCUAAAACCUUCCAAGACCCAGAAGAUGGUGAUGCAGACGCUCUUUCCCUGGAGAUCAGGUUGAUUGAUGGGCCUCCUCUCAGCGUUGGUACGUGGUUGGCACUGGACGGUCUGGAGCUUCAUGGUGUCCCUCUGGAGGUGGACCUGCAGUUUGCUCCUCAGCACCUCCUCCUGGCCGCCCGGGACGGACAAGGCCUGAGCACCCGGCUGCCUCUGACCCUGGAUCUCCGUCGUAGCCCCGUCGACCCCUGUCACGUCUUCACCCUGACGGCUCAACGCAGUCUUCACUCUGUUCUCCGUCACCGCCGCAGGGUGGAACUACUGCUGAGAAAACUGUCUCGCUUCUUUAACAGCUCUAGCAGCCGCCACCUCUCCGUUGUUUCCAUGAGGCCUGGGUCCACUGUGGUGUCCUGGUACAACUACAGCUUGUGUGGGAUGGCUCAUAGUAGAGUUACACUGUGCCGUGUUGAUCGAAUACAGAGCAUGUGGCUGGCAAUGAGAUCUGCAGAUGGAUCAGUCAGCCCUGCAUUCAGAGAGGCAAUGCUUCCAGAGUUCCCCAUCACUAAAGUUGGACCCGUGAGCUACAGACGAGACUGUUUCUCCACUACUACUCCCUUAUUUGAUGGAUCUACCCCUGCUGUCCACACUACCCUUACUCCAGGUUUAGCCACCAACGCAUCCCUCAGUCUCCCCUCUAAUACCUGCGUCUCCACACCUCCAGCUAUCACUGCCACCUCACAACAGAUCACCCACUAUCAACGGAUGGCUGGCAUGAUCACGGCUCUCCUCGUCGUCUGCCUUCUCAUCCUGAUCGUCCUCCUCGUCGCCGCAGUUCUCCAUUUCUGCAAAGGUCGCUGGAGGUCAAGAACAGUCGCCAUUUGGCCGGCAAGCAGAGUGCUCUCAGUUCGAAGCAGGGAUCUGAGAGCUAUAAGACCGAGGCGGCCUCCGCUAUUCCAACCUGAACUACCUCCACCACCGCUGAGACUGUGGAUUAACCUUUCACAAGGCGAUGAGGGGCGAGUUCCAUCAGCGCGUGAGCAAGGAAGGAAAACUGUUGACAAGGCGCUACAGCCUCGUCGUCCACAAUAUGACUUUUCAAGUAUCAAAAAAUAGAUGCUUUGUAACAAAACCUCAAAGUUCCAGUCCCAUUCAGGAUCAUAACUAUUAAAUUAGUAUAUUUAUUGCAUUAAGUUCAGUUUCUAAAAUGUUUUCAGAUGCUAUCAGGGCAGUUAUAUGUGUAAAGUUAUUACAAACUGCUGUAAUUGUACACCAGUUAGUCAAUCAUUAUGCAAUUUUUCCAAUUUU